ACAAGUCCAGACUGUACACCGACGGCAGCGACUGCGACACAAUUAAGAUCAAGCAGAGGCAUUUUAGGCUGGAAAAACUACUUUUCUGACAGCUAACAAGAUAGCAGUCUGACAAAGCCAUACCAGAAAAUGAUCAGUAGAAUACUUGCACAGCUGGUGGGAAGAGAAGAGAAAGACAGUGAUAAUGCAGAAGAAACUGAUAACUGUGCGAACCUCCUCGAGUUUGAUGAAGGAGAAUGGGUUAUUAUAAAAAUACAUGAGAAUCUGUCACUUGGUUCCGCUGACACAAACAUUCUUGAGAACCUGUUGAUCGAGCACCCCAGCAUGUCUGUAUACCAGAUGAGGCCUGAUCAGGAAGACCUUGGCUCAGAUGAAGAAACAGAGGACAAGGCUAGGCCUGUGCCAAUUAGACGUCACGUUUCUUGGCGGUUAGCUGCAUGGGGCAGCCCUUUGCCCUGCAGCACCAUUCUGCUCUCAGUGCAGCGUGCCAGAGCCUAUAAUGAGCACAGAAAACUGAACCGUGGUGCCCUCAACAGGCAAAACCUCACAAGAACACACUACUCGCCUUCAGAGCGCCGCUAUGGCUACUUCAAACAGCCCACUCAGCGCCUGUACAACUAUUGAGAAAAAUCAAUUGCAUCUGAAACCAUUGAACAACCAGGCUUGUGAUAUAUGAAUAGUCGUUUUUAGGGGGUA